AUGGGCAUCCGCUCUGAUACGUUUCCCGCUUUCCCACAAAUCCUAUCCUAUCCACCCGCACCAGAUCCGAAUACGGACGGGCGGCGCGUCAGCGGGAAAGGCAUCUGUCCUUGCCCGUGUCCUGAUCCGCGCGAACGGUUCACAGAGUGGGAAAGAGAGCCGAAGGCUGAGGAGGGCGAGGGCGAGAUUGCGAGCAACGUGAGGGGCGUCGAGGAGCGUUGGGGCGAGGAGGACGUGCUCGCCAGCGCCGCUACCGAUGCCGAAUUCGAAGACGAGGGACCGGAUGUAGCCGACACUUCAUUUGUCAUCGUGCGGCGCGAGGGGUAUGUUAUUGGACAGGAGAUGUCGUUCACGGUGGAUAUUGCAGCGGGCGCGGAGUGGGGAUGCGGGAGUGCGGUGGAUUAUCCAGACGUGGUGAGCGCUGAGAGCGGAUCCAGGUCGUCUGGUGUGGCGUGUGAUGGAGGAGAAGGCGGGAGGGAGUCGUACUGCGAUUGGACGAAGGCCCAUAUCUGCGCCGCGUCAAGGUCGCCUACUUCGGAUACGACCCGCAAGUGGGGAUGGGAAUAA